AUAUUACUUUCCAAAUUAAAUUUUCCCUUCAAAAAAGAAAUAUGAAGCUAGUAUUGUCAAUGCUGUUGAUCAUUGCCUCCCUAACAUUGUUGAAUGUAGCAGAAUCUUGGGAGGAAGCCGCCGCCACCGGUGGUGGUGGUGGAGUCAUUCAGGUCGGUGGCAAAGUGCUUUGUCAAGAUUGCACCGAGGGGUGGAACGAAUGGGUUAGUGGUCAAAAACCUAUUGAAGGUUGUACGGUUUCUGUGACAUGCAUGGAUAACAGAAAAAGAAUAAUUUAUUAUGGAAGAGACCAGACUGAUAAAGCUGGUGAGUUUGUGGUUACCAUAAACAAAUACAUUCAUGGGAAGCAGGUAAAACCUGAAUCUUGUUUCACAAGGCUUGUCUCUUCGCCUGACCCUAUUUGCAACAUUCCCACCGAUUUUGCUGGAGGCAAGAGUGGGGUGAAGCUUGGUCGCCCGACUAUGGUGUAUAGGGAUACAAUCAAACAUGUUCUUGGUCCGUUUUAUUAUACCACGCCUAUGUGUGAUGAACCUGAUACCAAUGAUGAUGAUAAUUUAUAUGGGAAGGGAAAGAACUAUUAAUAUACUUAUGUUUUUAUGAUUAAAUGAAUUCCUUGGUUUGUUUAAUUUUGUAAUGGA